CCCUCUAAGUAAGCAAGCAACUGACCAAAUAAACCCCAAAUUCCUCCCUUCGUCUUUCAAGGCUAAGCAAUCACCCCCGCGAUGGCCCUGACCAGCAUGCUCCGCCGCCGACUCUUCUUCCGGACCUUCUCUUCGCACGAAGGACCAAGCCGGUGGAAGACGCCCGGUCACCAGGACCGCCCCAAUGGUUACCUCUUCAACAGGAUCCCACCACCUCCGGGCCAAUCCCGUAAAUGGGAAGAUUGGGAGCUUCCUUGCUACGUCACGAGCUUCCUCACCAUCGUCAUACUUGGUGUCGGACUCAAUGCCAAGCCCGAUCUCACUAUCGAGACUUGGGCUCAUCAGAAAGCCCUCGAAAAACUCGCCGCCGAGUCGUCCUCUUCUUCUUCGUCUGACUGAGAUAUUUUGCGGGCGAACUUCAAUCGAGAUCUGUUGGGUACGGAUCUCUGCGAACUCUUCGUUUCUGUUGAUAGAAUGUGUAGUCUAAUAAAAAAUGGGGUUAAUUCAAUGUUUGAACGGUUUGUAGUUGCUGAAUUUUUAUGAUCUUUUAAUUGGAUUUACGUUUUUGAUGCUGACGAAGUCAUUGCGUUAUUUGGGAUCACAAUCUAAUAUUUUCUAUUCGAGUUUCCAUGGAUGUUCAAAAGAAUUCAAAAAUAAAAUUGGGGUUAUUGGCCUCGUAUUGAUA